GUAUAUCAUAAGCAUAGAUCUCAAAUUGGUUCUAAUAAAUGGAUCAUUCAAGAGUGCUUGAAACAAAAAUUAACUAAUAGAGCUGAUAAUUUUAGAAAAAAAAGUAACAAAACAAAGCCAAGAAUUACACAAAAUUUGAAUAAUUAUAAUGAAUUAGAAAUAUCAAUACAACAAAAUAUUGAAAAAAUUUCUAAUGCUAAUAAAGAAAAUAUGAGUAUUAAUUUUAAGAAAGAAUUUUGUGAAAGCGAUGGUAAUAACUUAGAAGAUGAAGAUUGCAGUGGUUCUUUUUUUAGCACUUAUGCUACUCCUAAUAACUAUAUAGCUUUAGAUUCUGAUGAAUGUAUUGAUCCUACUCCUAAUGGUCAUAUUGCCUCUACUCCUAAUAGCGAUAAUAUUUUAAAACCAAGCAUGUCUAUUAAACAAACUAUUGAUAAAAUUAGUAGUCGAACACGACAAAAAGCUUAUAUAAAUUCUAAGAAAUAUAAUCAAAGUCUAGAAAGCUCCUUACCCAAACGGAUCCAAAAAGAAGAUACUCAAUUACCAUUACAAUCAACUAGUAACAAUAGAUUACAAGAAAUACAAAAUGUUAAAAUUAGCAAUAAGACUAG